CCCUUUAAUUCCAUUUAGGUUAUAAGAGUUCAAUCUUUAAAGUGGCGUUUAAAUUGACGUAACAAAAGAACGAAGUCUAAAGUUGACACAAAAAAGGUGAAGUUUAAGUAUGAAUGAAGGAUAUGAUCUUGAUCGGAAUAAAUUACUUUCCCAAAUUUUGAUUUUUCGUGUAGGUUUUCAAUGGAGGGUGUUCCCCCUAUUAAUAAGUGCAGUGGAACGGAUGAACUUGCCUCGUGGUUUUGCUCAGAAUGCGAUAUUUCUGGCAAAGGCUUUGAAACUUGCUUCGGGCAUCUCAAAACUCAUGCACUGGAAGAGGAGUUGGGUUUCAAGAAGCUGUCGGAUUUGCUUCCUCUUGUGUAUUCGACCGAUGAGAUAAAAGAGGAGGAUAACUUGACUACUGUGUUGAGUGAGGAGACAACAAUGAAAGACCUGCAGUUUUCGUUGCCUAAGUUUGACCCCAUGUUAUCUUUUCUCACUGGAUGUGCAUAUUUGGUUUUCAAGGAGGCCAUAGACUCAACACUAAGUGAGUAUCUUGAGAGAUACAAAGAGACGGAUGACUAUCAUGCGGGUGUAACAGCAGUCCUUUGGGACAUCAAGAGGUGUCCUGUUCCCCCUGACUCUGAUGCUCGUCUGGUCGGUCCGUGUAUUACUCGGUAUUUCGAGGAUUUAGGCUACUCCGGUCCUAUCACCAUCUAUGCCUUUGGCCAACUAACAGACGUCCCUGAUGACGUCCUGCGAGCAGUCUCGUCCACUGGAAUCAGUCUUAACCACAUCACCUUCAAAACAGAUUCCGCAGACAUUAUGCAUCUCAUGGCUCGCUGGACCUGUUUGAAUCCACUUCCAGCUACCAUUAUGUUUAUAUGCCCUUAUUCGACAGUCUCAAAGGACGAUAUGAACCAUCUAAAACAAAAGUGGGGAUGCCACGUUAUUAAGCAGUUUACAUAUGAUUCUCCUGGUUCUCAGUCCUCCUUUGGAAACUUUCUUCGUCUGGAAGAUUAUUCAGGGACUCUUGCGGAGGAUAAGUGCAGUGAAACGGGUGAACAUGCCUCCUGGGCUUGCCUAGUAUGCAAUAUUUCUGGCAAAGGCUUUGAAAAUUUCACCAGGCAUCUCAAAACUCAUGCACUGGAGGAGGAGGCAUCUCAAAACUCAAACUCAUGCACUGGAGGAGGAGGAGAAGAAAAAGAAGAGUACACGGCCCAUGGUGUUGCUUUUCGCUAAGGCAUUUCGUAUGAUGAAUGGUUUACUCUACUUGUGGCGGCAAAUGUUGCGUAAAAAAUGGUGAAUGGUGUU